CACCAUUCUAUCGCAGCAAAUAAGGAGUGCUAGCAACCUUUUUUUUAUUGGUGUGCUUUCUUUUCUGGUUUCUUUAUAUAAAAGAGCAUAGGCAAGAUCAUAAAGUUUGGUUUCUACUUCUCUAGUUUGGCCCCUGCUUUUUUGUUCUGUGUUUGUUUUUGUCUUGUGUUGAGUGAUAUUGUUCUGGUUUUCAGUUCUUUAUCUACAGUAUCCCCAGAAUGGUAACUGAGGCUGACUUGAAUGAAUUACUAUCUUGGUUGAAAAGCAAUAACGUCCUUAUUCAUCCAGAUAUUCACUUCAAGUUUACGACUAAUGGAAAAAUAGGCUUAUUCUCCAAAAGGGUCCUUAAUCCUGAAGACUUACUCAUUCUUCUUCCAGAAUUUGAGCCAGAUAGUGAGGACGGCCAAACAGUCACUAGUAGCAAUGAGACAGAACGAGAAUAUAAAAAUGAAGAAAAUUUCCAAGAUAAUCAGAACACUUUGGAAAGCUACAAUGUGAUACCAGAAAAUGUCUCUGAUGAAGAGGAAGAAAACCCCGAUUACCAGCCAUUAAUACGAGUCCCAAAAUCCUCGGUUUUGACUUCUCAAAAUUCUGUCAUUUCAAAUUUAUUAUUUGAUGAGAAAAUAUAUGGUAUCAUUGCUUUAGUUCUCUCGGUUAUCUACGAAUAUUACUGCACCUCUUUUAAAUCCCCCUGGUACCCAUAUUUAAAAUUUUUCAUUAAAUACGACCACAACAUCAUCAAUCAUCCCAAUAAUGAUAACAACGAUAUUAAUAGCAUUUCAGACGAUAUCAUUCAAUUAUAUGAUCAAGCUCAAGUUUUUUCAACAAAGAUGUUUAAAUCAAAUGGCAUUGAAGUUCCCUCGAUAUUGGCCGAAAAAAAUAACCAAAAUUUAACUAUCUUUAAUAAAAUUGUUCAAAAAAUCGAGUCAAAUUUAUUCAACAUUGAUAGAUUUCACGAAAUUGGUCUAGUGCCUUCCUUAGAUUUAAUUACACAAAAAACCAAUCAAAACAAAGUCAAUGCUCAUUUCGAAGCAAUAUUCGAUGUUUGUAAAAAAUGUGGUGAAUUAACCGGCGAGUGUUAUCAUCCAAGGGAAAAAAGUGGCCAUCAUCAUAAACAUAAAGAUGCCAACCAUGAACAUGAACAUGAAAAUGAACAUAAACAUGAAAAUGAACAUAAACAUGAAAAUGGAACUGACAAUAACUGCUUCCAGAUUUCUAAAAAUGAAAAACAUGAUCCAUGCUGUUGUUCAGAUGACGAUUCAGAAGGAACUGAAAACCAAAAAAUUGAUAACAGUGAUAAUUCUUUUAUUGACGUUGAAAAGCUAACUUCCUCAAUUGACAAAAAAUUGAAAAAAGAUGAAUCCGAAUCUAACAGUAAAGAAAAUACAUCAAAUUACGAUAUAUACGAUAGUGAUAAGUCAAAUCAAAGUUUUGCUGAUGAAGAGCUUGGAUAUGAUAGUGAUGAUGAAAGCGACGAAGAUUUUGAUAUGGAUCAAGAUUUGAUAGAACUAACAGAUGAUUUCGUUAAAGAAAUUGAUUUAAAAUUAAACUUUGAAAAAGAAUUGGAAAAAGAGGAAGAAUCCAAUCAGGAAAAUUUUGUUAAAAAUGUUAUAAAUAAAAGCUUGCCAAAAUAUAUGAAAGAUUACAAUGAAAAUAAUCCUGAUGGUCCAAUUGAUCCACAAGUUUGUUGUGAUAUAAUUCUUCAUAAAAAAGUCAAAUCUAAUACCGAAAUUUUUAUUUAAAUUAUUGCGUACGAUGAAAAUGUUG